GUUACACUAAUCCAGUGGCCUGUCAGUCUUCUUUCCGCUUCGCCCAAUGCGCACAUCCGGGCGACAGCUCCAGCGCGGACAGUCGCCCUGAGUGGCCGAGGAGGGCGAGGGCCUUAGCCUUGUGAAAAGUGAAACCUGCUCGUUUCCGUGAAUCAUGAAAGCCCAGAGUGGAGGAGAAACACCCAGACGCUCGGUCCUGCCCUGACCGGCUCCGCCCGCCCCUCAGCCCCCAUUGGUCAGAAGCGCCGCCCGGCAGCCCUGAGAUUGGCCAGACGCGCGGCCAAUGGGCGGCCGCGCCGGCUUUCCCGCGGCCGUUCGCUAUUUGAGCGGGUCGUGGCGGCCGGGACGGUUAGGGAGUGUAACGGUCGCCGGUGUGCGGCGCCGCGAUGGCGGCCUUAGGGCCCGGCGGCUACGGGCGGAGCGACGCGGUCGAGAAGCUGCCAACUGUCAUAGCGGGAGUUCCGGCGCGGAAAAGCCAGUCCUCUCCGCCCCCAGCCCCACCGCUCUGCCUGCGGCGGCGGACGCGACUGUCAGCGGCACCCGAGGACAUGGUGCAAAACCGGGUGUCCCUUGAGAAGGUCCUUGGCAUCACAGCCCAGAACAGCAGUGGUCUAACCUGUGACCCGGGCACAGGUCACGUGGCCUACCUGGCAGGCUGUGUGGUGGUGAUUUUGAACCCCAAAGAGGACAAGCAGCGGCACAUCUUGAACACUGCCAGGAAGAGUCUGAGUGCCCUGGCUUUCUCUCCUGAUGGGAAGUACAUAGUGACAGGAGAGAAUGGGCACAGGCCAGCCGUACGCAUCUGGGAUGUGGAGGAGAAAAGUCAGGUGGCAGAGAUGCUGGGCCACAAGUACGGUGUGGCCUGCGUGGCCUUCUCACCCAAUAUGAAGCACAUCGUGUCCAUGGGAUACCAGCACGACAUGGUGCUCAACGUCUGGGACUGGAAGAAAGACAUCGUGGUGGCUUCCAACAAGGUGUCAUGCAGGGUCAUCGCCCUGUCUUUCUCUGAAGACAGCAGCUACUUUGUCACUGUGGGGAACCGGCAUGUGAGGUUCUGGUUCUUGGAAGUCUCUACCGAGGCUAAGGUGACAGGCACAGUGCCCCUCGUAGGGCGCUCAGGCAUCCUGGGGGAGCUCCACAACAACAUCUUCUGUGGUGUGGCAUGUGGCCGGGGCCGGAUGGCAGGCUACACCUUCUGCGUAUCCUGCUCGGGUCUCCUCUGCCAGUUCAACGAGAAGAGGGUGCUGGAGAAGUGGAUCAACCUGAAGGUGUCCCUGUCUUCCUGUCUCUGUGUCAGCCAGGAGCUCAUCUUCUGCGGCUGCACAGAUGGGAUCGUCCGCAUCUUCCAGGCCCACAGCCUGCAUUACCUCGCCAACCUGCCGAAGCCACACUACCUUGGGGUAGAUGUGGCCCAGGGCCUGGAGCCCAGCUUCCUCUUCCAACGGAAGGCAGAAGCGGUCUACCCAGACACAGUGGCCUUGACCUUUGAUCCUGUGCACCAGUGGCUGUCCUGCGUUUAUAAAGACCACAGUGUCUAUGUGUGGGAUGUUAAGGAUAUCAACAAAGUGAGCAAGUUGUGGUCCGAGCUCUUCCACAGCUCCUACGUCUGGAAUGUGGAGGUGUAUCCUGAGUUUGAAGAGCAGAGAGCUUGCUUGCCAUCAGGAUCUUUCCUGACUUGUUCCUCAGACAACACCAUCCGCUUCUGGAACAUGGAUGGUAGCCGUGACUCUCACUGGCAGAAGAACAUCUUCAGCAAUACCCUUCUGAAGGUUUUGUAUGUGGAAAAUGACACCCAGCACCUGCAGGACAUGUCGCGCUUCCCCGACCGGGGGAUCGAGAACGGGACCCCCGUGGAUGUGAAAGCUGGGGUGCGCGUCAUGCAGGUCAGUCCUGAUGGCCAGCACUUGGCUUCAGGCGACCGCAGUGGAAAUCUGAGAAUCCAUGAGCUACACUUCAUGGACGAGCUGGUCAAGGUGGAGGCCCAUGAUGCUGAGGUGUUAUGCCUGGAGUACUCCAAACCUGAGACAGGACUGACCUUGCUGGCCUCGGCCAGUCGGGACCGACUGAUCCACGUGCUGAAUGUGGAGAAGAACUACAACCUGGAACAGACCCUGGAUGACCACUCUUCCUCUAUCACAGCCAUCAAGUUUGCUGGCCACAGAGACAUCCAGAUGAUCAGCUGCGGGGCCGACAAGAGCAUCUACUUCCGCAGUGCCCAGCAGGCCUCAGACGGGCUACACUUUGUCCGUACCCACCACGUGGCAGAGAAAACCACCUUGUAUGAUAUGGACAUUGACAUCACCCAGAAGUAUGUGGCUGUGGCCUGCCAGGACCGCAACGUGAGGGUCUAUAACACCAUGAAUGGGAAGCAGAAGAAGUGCUACAAGGGCUCCCAGGGGGACGAGGGAUCCCUGCUGAAGGUUCACGUGGACCCCUCAGGCACCUUCCUGGCCACGAGCUGCUCUGACAAAAGCAUCUCACUGAUCGACUUCUACUCAGGCGAAUGUGUUGCCAAGAUGUUUGGUCAUUCAGAAAUCGUCACUGGCAUGAAGUUCACCUAUGAUUGUCGUCACCUCAUCACAGUGUCUGGAGACAGCUGCGUGUUCAUCUGGCACCUGGGCCCCGAGAUCACCAACUGCAUGAAACAGCACUUGCUGGAGAUUGACCACCAGGAACAACAGCAGCACACCAAGGACCGGAAGUGGCACAGUGGCUCCAGACAGGAGACGUUCGCAUCCACAACUGGGGACACUCGUUCACCAAGCCCUGGAGAGCAGACGGAGGGUGAGCUGGAGGAAGAGUGUGAAGCAGAAGAGCUGCUGAAGACGCCGUCCAAAGAGAGCUUGGACGCAGAUCCUCGCUGCCUGCUGACGAACGGGAAGCUGCCACUCUGGGCGAAGCGGCUCCUAGGAGAUGAUGACGUGGCCGAGGGCUGGGCUUUCCACACCAAGCGCAGCUACCAGCCCCAUGGCCGCUGGGCUGAGCGGGCCGACCAGGAACCCCUCAAGACCAUCCUGGAUGCCCAUGAGCUGGAUUGCUACUUCACCCCCAUGAAGCCCGACAGCUUGGAGGACUCCAUUCUGGACACGGUGGAGCCACAGAACCUGGCAAGCCUGCUCAGCGAGUCCGAGAGUCCCCAAGAGGAUGGCCAUGAGCAGCGCUCUCACCUGCCCCUGCAGAGGGAGUCAGCGGAGGCCAGCGAACUCAUCCUCUACUCCCUGGAGACGGAAUUGACGGUCCCGGGGACAGACAGCGAGUCCUGCGAGGCGGCCAAGGUGGGGUCUGGAGACCAGCUCGGAGACUCCUACCUCAGGGUGUCCUUCACCAGCUCCAAGGAGCAGAGCCCACCUGAGGACUCGGGCGAGUCAGAGGCCGACUUGGAGUGCACCUGUGCCGUCACUCUUUCCUCCCCUCCACGACCUGACCCAACCCCCCGGUUUGCCCUGACGCUGCUCCCCCUACAAGGCUGCCCAGGCCCUUCGGAAGAAGAGCUGGCCCGGCCUGAGGGGCCCAGCAUGGCCAACGGCUCCCUGCCCCAGACUCCUGAGCAGGAGAAGUUCCUCCGGCAUCACUUUGAGACCCUCACCGAUGCCCACCCUGAAGAGAUCUUCCGCAGCUCCCUGAGGGAUGUGAAGGUCUCUGAGGCUGAGGACAUCUUCAAUCGCCGGCUGAGCAUCUCGGCCCAAUUCCUCUCACGCCUCCAGACAACAUCCAGGCUCGCCCACCCCUUCCCGCCCCGGCUGUCCCAUCACCUCCUGAAGUCUCCUGAACAAGGGGCAAGCCCACCCAGAGCCGAGGCCCUGCGAGCAGGUACUGGCCACGCCUCCCCAGAUGGGACCCAUGUCCUCUCGGGGGAGAAGGCUGAGGAGACCUCAGAGGUCUGGUGCCCACUGGCCCCCCGCCUCACUGGCCCAGUGUCCCGUGUCCCCACCUCUCCAGUGCCACCCACAGACAGGAAGCUUGCAACACCCACAUCUGUCCCUACCCCAGGCCUGCCUCAGGGGAUCCACACCCCUGCCACCUGUGCCUACACGGAGACCACUGCCAGCUCCCAUGCCAAGAUCUCACGCAGCAUCUCCCUCGAGGACAGUGAAGGCUCUCUCAAGGCUGAGCUGGCCAGGCCCCUGAGGAGGCCCUCGUCUAUGGGGGAGUUGGCCUCGCGGGGCCAGAAGCUGUACCCCAUCACCACCACAGUGACACCCAAUGCUGGCAGAGAGGGCCAAGGGCCUGUACUCCCAUCCUGGGGCAACCAUGAGGCCCGGGCCAACCUGAGACUGACCCUGACGAGCGUCUGUGAUAGGCUCCUGCCAGCCCCACCCACGCUGGACUCACCCACCAUGUGCAUCUGGUCCCAGGAGCCCAUGGAUACCCAGCCCUGUGUCACGGUCCCAGCAGCCCGUUUCCCAGCCCCCAGCCCUAUGGAUGUUAAUGUCCUAAGGCCCCACGUCUCUGCUUUCUUCACGAGACUCCCAGCUCCUGAGCCCCUGCACUCUCCUGCCCGCUCCAGCAACCCAGAGGCCAGGCCUGGAAUUCCUGGUAGCACUGCUCCCCUCCUGGACCCCACCCCUGAUGCACUCAGUCUCAUCCAGGGCAGUCCUGGCCACUGGGGACCACCAGGCCCUCUGGCUGAAGUCCCACCCCCAGAGCCUGGCCGCACAGGGAGGGUUGUGCACAGGCUGCGGACUGCCUUUCAGGAAGCCCUCAACCUUUACCACACGUUGGUCUCCAGCAGCCAGAUGGGGGCCGAGCAGCGGCAGGCGCAGAGUGAGCUGGCAUCCACCUUCUUCUGGAUCCACAGUCAGCUGGAGGCCACCGACUGGCUGGUUGGGGCAGAGGUUAACCCUGCCCAGGUCCUGCCCAGUCCAGGUGCCACCAACCCACCUUUGCUAUGCCCACUGGCCAGCCCAGACUUGCACGCCAUGCUGGAACACUACUCGGACCUACUAGUGCAAGCUGUGCACAGGAAGGUGCGGGGGGACUAAGGCCAGCAGCGCCCGCCCCCCAUGGUCCUGCUGUUU